UAUUUGUAAUUAAGACAAAAAGAGAAGACUAGAAGAGAAUGAAUAGAACUGAGAAGACUCAGAAAUAUGUGUACUAUGUAAAAAAAAAAAUUUUGCAAGUGAGUCUGCAAUUUUUUAUCUCUUCAAACAGAAAACAAACUGUCCACACCCUUUCUAAUGCCUUACGUAUGCGCAGUAAACACUUGGGAUAUGUAGAUAAGAGUAGUGCACUACGUAUGUUCCUCCACAUUUGCACUACGUGCAUCCUUACAUUUGCUUUUAGGAACAUCAUUCUAAAUGGUCAUUCAGCUGCGACUGAGAUGAGCAGGCAUAUGCAUUUAAAAAUUACACUUGUGUACAUUUUCAUACUUGUGCACUUGCACUGGAGCUGCACUGAAGAUAUAUGUCAGCCAGGUGAAGACUGCAAAAAUCAAGACGUGUAUGUCAAGAGUCAAACAGCAAUUCCUGAAAAAUUCAAAGAUGGAGCCAAUGAAAUAUUCUUUGUAAACAGUCAGAUUCCUGUGAUACCAAAAGGAGUGUUUUCUAAAAGCCCUCAGUUAAAGAAAAUUGAAUUUCUCAGCACUUCAACUCACUCUGUAGAGGUUGGAGCCUUUGAGGGUUUGCCUGAUAUCACGAUCAUUGAGAUAUCUGGCACAAACGUGACGUCAUUGCCUGUGGGGGUUUUUAAGGAUCUCAACAACCUUCAAAAACUUGUUCUAAAAAGCAACAAAAUCCAUGGCCUUGAAAACGGGUUAUUUGAUGAUUUAAAAAAACUUCGAGAAUUAUAUCUGCAUAUGAAUGAGAUCAGCUUUAUUGAGGAGGGGACGUUUGACAGUUUAGAGAAACUCUCACUUCUCCAUCUUGGAAAAAACAAUCUUAGUUCUGUAUCCACAUCUCUUUUUUCCAAACUUAAGGGCUUGACCAUUUUCAGGCUUUAUGGGAACCAGCUGACUGCUCUACCCGAAGGGAUUUUUGAUCAUUUUCCAGAUUUAGCAGAGAUAGCCUUGAACGACAACCAAAUCUCCCUUAUACAACCAAAUUUAUUUCCACACAAAAGUAAAUUAACAAAACUCUCUUUGGACCAUAAUCUUUUAACAGAACUGCAGCAAGAUCUAUUUGUUGGUUUCUCGUCAUUAAAGACUCUAACUCUGCACAACAAUCAACUCAUCAGUCUUCCUGAAAUCCUUUUUGGAGAAAUGCCUAAAAUAACUGAACUAAGUCUUAGCCAUAACAAUCUCACUCACUUACCAACUGGAGUUUUCGGGCCACUUAAGAAGCUCAAGAAGUUAGACCUUUCCUCAAACCAGUUUUCAACGAUAUCUGCAGACUUUUUUGAAGGUCUUGAGAAACUGACCAACCUGAAUCUUCAAAAUAACAAUAUCGAGUCAUUAAAACAAGAGGACUUUGAAAAACUGAAGUCUCUUUCAUCCCUCAAACUGGGAAAUAAUAAACUACAAAGCCUUCCUGGCGAUGUUUUUGAUGCUCUUCCGAAACUCAGUAAACUGUACCUGAACAAGAACCCAUGGCAGUGUGAUUGUAACCUGUUGCCAUUCUUUGAAUGGAUGAAGAUCAAUGAGGACAAGAUUAAAUCAAAAUCUCCAGAUGUUUGUGAGUCUCCGAAAAAUCUGCAAAAUCAAUCAAUCACCUCUUUAACAGAACAACUAAUAUGCCCCAUGACUUUACCAACUACCACCCCUCUCCUUACAAGUACCAUUCCCAUGACCACACUGCGCACCACAACUGUCUCAACAAUGACUCCAACAACAACAACUCAAGCAAGUACAACACAGACAACCACACAAGUCAUCACGACAGCACCAACUACUCAUCUCACAACUUUGAUAUUAACCACAACCGGACUACCUACCUCCACUGCUACAACUACAACUCCGACAACCACAACAGUCCCAACCACAUUAUCAACAACUACACUACAACCAACAACUGCCCUCCUGACAACUACAGGGAUCCCCACCACACCAACAACGACACUACAAACAACAACUACAACUACUUUAACACCCAGCAUGACUACAACAACACCUUUUCUCACCACACAUAGUAGUUUCUUCUGUACCGGCUCUCCUCAGCCAACUUUCUCAACACCCACUACCACUUACAAGUACUCAUCAUGCAAGGAACUGAUGAUAUAUUACACUACAAUGCUACUGGUGGAAAUCUGUUGUACUCUGGUGCUGGCCAGAUUCUCUUAUACAUUAUACUGCUCAAACGAGCAAAUGGAGAGACUGCACAUCCAGGUCAACUUGACCCACUUCUCCUAUACUAAGUACAUUGAUGAGACAGAGUCUGUAGCUCUUUGAUGUUGUUGUCUUUUUGUUUUGCUUUGUUUUUCUCCUUGAACUUUGAGUAGCACCUGGUGGUGGUCACUUAUAAGAUUUGACUGUUCCUUAAAGGAAUGAUUUUCCAAACUGCAUAUAUAAUUGAUGCUUAAUGGCGCUUUAUGCUUUCAUUUCAUGACCAUGUAAAGUAGGGUCCACAAGUCUGAAUCCACUGUUUGUGUUUUUCUAAUAAAAUACUUUUAUGCUAUAUAAUUUAUAUAAAAAUGUAUUAUCUGCAUAACAACUUAAGUGAAGAGUUGAAUUGAAAAAAAUAAUAAAUAUAAGUAUGAGAUAAUUCUUAAAUUAAAUCUUAUAAAGUGAUCAUAUGCACAAGACUUGGAUUAAACCUUUUUGCAUUUUCUAUGUUUUGGCUCCCUGGAAUAAAUGGAGGAACAGAAACCUCUCAGAUUCCAUUAAA